AGAGCGAGCAGAGGCACUGACACACGACAUAACGCCUGCCCGCCCGCCCAGUGUGUCCUGCUGCUCAACACAACUGCUCAGUCAGCUUCUUAUCAAUCUGUAGUUUGUGUAGUGGUGUGUUUGCCAGUGCCGCUGACUCCUGGUGCAGCCGCCUUCGACGAGCCUCAUCCGCCCGCCGCCAUGCUGCUUCUGUCAACACUCUUGCAGCACUAGGUCCAUGUGCCCUAGGGAGAGAGCCAAUCCCUCCAACAUCACACCCUCCGCUCACUGUACCCAACAUGUUUUCGUGACCCUUACUCAUCGAUUAUAAAUCCUAACAGUUAUACUACAAACUAUGUGCUCGACGGGACAGUAGCCCGAAAUAUAUGUGCUCCCCGCUAGCUAUGUGCCAUGUGUUACUGUAGUCUAGGUAGUCGUUCUAGUCGUGUCUGUUGUUGUCGUCUUUGUCCUAAAUGUUUAUAGUUAAAGUUACGCACCAUAGUUGUAAAAGACAAACAACCAAUUCCAACAAACUUAAAUAAAUGAAUAUUUCGCCGGAUGGAUACAAUGGCCGCAGUGGUUAGGUGAAGCAACGCCUGCCUGCAUCCGUUUGUCAUCAUACACAGCACCACGACUGGACACAGCCGAUAUGGACACAGUAUGGCCCCAGCACUCCGGCACAACCCAGCUAGAAGUCUGGUUCUGUUGUUCCCGUUAUGCAUACUCUCUAUUGCACUGCGAGUUACUUCAGGUGGAGAGUGCGACCGAACGUUUGUGAGCCGUGCUAGUGGACCUCAGAACGGAACAUUCUCUGCGCCGAUCUUCUCGAAUCCCUCCGGCCACGCCCGACAGUGCGUCUACACGUUCCUCGCCGCGCCUCACCAACGCGUCCAAAUCAUUUUCACUCACUUCAACCUCCGCGGGACACCCCCUGAUGGCUGGGCUGUGGGGAAUUUGCCCGCGUGUGCACACGAGUACCUGGACGUGUAUUCGGAGGUGCAGCAGCCUGAGGCGACUGAACUGAUCAACUCGCCGUUCGGAGGCCGCUACUGCGGGCCGAUCCCGCCGCGUCGCCGCAUCUCGCUCUACCGCGCCAUUGCGCUAUCCUUCUACACCGACAAGAACUCCACCUUCCCGGAGCUGUUUGGUGGACGCUAUUCGUUCAUCAACGACUCUGAGUACCAAAUAGGUACACCAUCACCACAGUCGCCCUGCUCAUUCACCAUCCACGCCAAAAUCAAACGACAAGGAGUGAUCGUUUCGCCCACCUACCCAGGUGCUUAUCCCAAAGAUCUCACCUGCAACUAUUUGUUCAUCGGCCUGCCCACCCAGAGAGUCAGGCUGGAGUUCAGGGAUUUCGACCUAUUCUUUGGAGGGCCACACUGUCCAUUUGAUGUAGUAAAAGUGUAUGAUGGGGCUACAAACGAAUCAGCCGUUAUAGGAACGUAUUGUGGUCAACAGAGGAACUUAGUUCUUUAUUCUUCAGAAUCAACAAUGUUUGUUGCCUUUGAAACACUCCAGCGCACUGCCAAUACUCAAAAUCGGGGUUUCAAAGGCAUAUUUGAGUUUAGUGAAAGCUUUGUAAAAUUAGAUUUUAUCGCCAAAAAUGAUGGAGAACACAUACGAGGUUCCGAGUGUGAUCAAAAAAUUCUAAGUAAAAAGGAAUCAAGUGGAUACGUUUUUAGUCCGAAUUAUCCAUUUCCAUACUUCCCGAAAAUAGUUUGUCGUUAUUUUGUGUACGGAAUGCAAGACUCACAGCACUUAGAACGGGUUCGCCUCGACUUUGCCAAAUUCGAUAUACCUAAAGGAGAAAAAGGAGACUGCAGCGAUGGAUACCUCAAAAUCUACCUGAAAGGUCAGGAAGCGACAGACUCGUAUGAGAAAUUCGAUCACGAACUGUGUGGCGAAGAAAGCAAACUGAAGCCUAAACAAGUGGUUUCCGAUGGACCUCGACUUGUGAUGGUUUUCAGCAGUGGAGAACUACAGGGCCGAGGUUUCAAGGCGAAAUACACGUUUGAAACAGAGUACCGUAUUCCGGGCACGGCGGCGCCAGACGGCAGCUGCACAUUCACCUACCGCAGCUCCAGUCGCAAGAAAGGAGAGUUCAAUUCCCCCCGCUACCCCUCCAACUAUCCUAGUCAAACAAAUUGCACCUACACAUUCAUUGCAACACCAAACGAACAAGUAACAUUAGUCUUCGAUCAUUUCCGAGUCAGAGCUGACUCUGCCAAUACAACUUUCGGAUCAUACGGGUUAUCAGUGUGCCAAGAAGAUUGGUUAGAAAUGUACAAUCUCUAUCGAGAUGGAACAGCGAAGCUGAUUGGGCGGUAUUGCGGCAUGACAGCUCCCGGUCCAGUAGACUCGAACAGAGGGGCGAUAGGUGUCAAAGUAAUCCUACACUCCGAUCAAGAAGGCGUAUUCAGCGGAUUCAAAGCUAGAUACACUUUCGAAGUAGCCAAAUCCAUCUAUGGAGACUGUGGGAGUAACGUGAGCAGUACUGAUUUCGGAGUAAUCACGAGCCCCAACUUCCCGCUCAAUUACGAGGGCCCGUCAAGAGGAAAGGCGAGUAAAACGUGCAACUGGUACGUCAACGUCCGACCAAAUCAUAAAAUUCUGCUCAACUUUGAACAUUUCGCUGUGGAAGGUGAACCCGCAGGUCGAGGUUGUCCGGCGGCAGUGGUUCGGCUGUGGCACACUGAGGAUGGGCCGCCACUGGAGCUGUGCGGUGAGAAGCCGGCCGCUGACAAGUGGCAGUUCAUCUCAGAAACUAACUCAUUAAGAAUAAGUUUCAUUUCUGCAGACAAGUCUGUAGGUGCUCAAGGUUUUCAUGCGGUUUGGACUGAGAUGCUAGGUUACAAUUCAGCUUGCGACGAAUUUCGGUGUACAAAGAGUAAUUUCUGCAUAGCUGACAAGCUGCGUUGUAACAGGGUCAAUAACUGUGGAGCUGAUGACCCAUCAGAUGAGGAAAACUGCCUAGUGGAGGCACCGAUGGACUGGAUGUGGAGCAGUGUGAUAGCAGGCGUCAGCAGUGGUCUGUUCGUGCUGCUGGUGGUGUGUGUGUUGUGCCACCGCCGUCACAAGCGACGUCACUUGCGCCACCUCCGCCACCACCGCCACCUGGGGGGCGGCACCUCCGCCUCCACCCGCCUCCACCUGCCCACCUCGCCCGCCUCCUCGCACUCGCACUCGCAGCGCCAGCAGCACGUCUGCGACGAACUCGGACAGCGCUUUGCCAGUGUCGACAGUGUCUGAUGCCUGCUCAAAUAACAGGGGGAUGAUGCCGACGAUGAUCCAUCACAUCACCAUCACGUGUCGGCUUAAAGCCGCAUUUACAUCUUGUCUCUAGACAAUGUCUAUUUAUGUGUUUUCAUUGAAACUCCUCAUAGAAUCAGUUUUAGGUUGAGCCAGUUGUUUCUCUGUUGAUCGUGAAUUAUGAUUUACAUCUUGUCUCUAGACAAUGUCCAUCGUACAAUCUUAUUUCAUCAAGAUUUGGAAAAGAAACAGCUUGUUUUAGCCAGAAGUUUCGCUCUCAAGAAUUGCCAUGAUUUGCAUUUAUUAUUAAAUUUUUCUCGCAUAAUUCUUAUGGCUGAGGUUAAUUCGUUAUACGAAUUGUCCAGCUUAGAACACGUAGAAUUGAUACCUUUUAAAUAUUCUAUGAAAUAUUCUCUCAUCAGUUAAUACCAGUAUAUCUCAGCUUUCUAGCUGAAGCUCCCUGUUUCUACUUUUCACAGUGUCUUAGAGUGAUUCCUCUGUAGACUGCAGCCUGCAUUCUCAAAUUCUCAAAACUUAGUCUUUAUCAAUCAAUCAAUAUUAAUAAAUCAGGAUAAAUUCUUAUUUUCUAUUGCAUCCUUAGUAAUAUUCAAUCCCCUAUCGGCUUCUACUGGAGUAAACAAUUUCCGUUCAGUUGUUAUGUUGAGGAAGAAAUCGAAAACCUGCUUUACCAGUUUGAUGGCAUGUAUUCUGUUAAAAUAGGUACUCUUACAUAAAAAUGUUCAUAGGCAGUUUUGUGCUUCAACUAUUUUAUUAAUUCAAUAGAAAUCGUGUCAUGUACUCAACUCUAUGCGGUUUGUCAGUCAGGUGUUUCAGUUGAUAUUAUUCAGAGAUGUUUGUGUCGAGAUUUCCAUCAUAAACCAAAGGAGUUUAGAAACUAACGGAAUCCGUCACGAAAUUAGACUGAUGUUGAAACUGCAUAUAUUGGUUUUUUGAAUCUUGAUAUCGUACGAUCAAAUAAUUUUAUAUAAUUUUACAUUUUCAUUUGUUCUAUCUAAUCCAAUUCUAGAGACAAAUGUACUUGUGGCACUAAAUAAGAUAAAUUCAAUGAAAAGUCAUUCCCCUGGUGAUAUUAUUUUAGAGAUACUAUACUUAAGGUAAUAUAAUAGAGACUAAAAAGAUUGUUUUACUGGUGCAAAGUUUCCAAUAAUAGUCGAAUCAAUUUUUUAAUAAAUAAAAUAACUCAUGAAUGGAUAAAUGGAAUAAUAAUACUAUUAUACUGGUAAUUGGAUAGGAAAUUAAUGUUACUGAGUGAAAUUAUACUACAAUGAAAUGAUUGACUAGCGCGCCAGGAGUUUUCAAGUCAUACGGAUUGACUGAUUCCUGCAAAUGAAGAAGAAUGUGGAAGGAAAAUGUAAUUUAGUUAAUUAUAAAAUAGACAAUUGAAUAAGGUAGCCGAUGCAUCAACAUUGCCUUGUUAUAGCUGAAUGUACAUGCCAAACAGAAAUCAUUAUAAAAUGUAUUUUAAUUAGGAGAGAAAAUGUUAUGGCAUGUAUUGUACUAUAUGAUCGGCUUAACAGACUUUAUUGUUGUGAAUUAAUGUACUUGUAGUGGUGUGAUAAACAUGUAUCUAUGAAAUAAAAGUUGAAUGGCUCAUUAGUGAAUUGUGCCCGUACCCAUUCCUGUACCUAACUGUUAUUUUGUUGUAAAUUACUUCUAUUAAGAUUGUUGAUAAAUGUAUUUGUAUAAGCAGAAUCACUAACACCACGUAUUUAUGAUAAUUGAAAUGUUGUUGCUGAAUGUUUGUAAUUCAGUUGAUUGAUAAUUUGCUCACCUAAUGCCCAAGAAUCUCAUUUUAAUUUUUGGAGUUAUCAUCAAAUUCCUUAUUGGAUUUAAAUAAUUGAUGUGCAUCAUUGUCGGUAGUUUAAUCAAUAAAAUUAUGAUCACUAUAUAGCUUCAAAUGCUUCAAUCUUAAGAAAGCAUUCACUCUUCCAUGCCACCUUGAAUAACUCAUCUGUUCGCAGUACUGAGUAAGGUACCAAUCUCAUAUUCAAGACAUUUAUGUAUCCUACACUCUGUUUGAUACGGUACUAGGCUCUUCGUCCAUUAAUAUUGUUUGAAUCUUAUGAUUAAAUCUAAUCAAUUUAAUGUUUAGCUCAUAAGAAAUGACUCGAAAGUUUGAUAUUAAAUAGCAUAAAUUACUGCCCUUAGCCUGGAUUGUGGAUAAUGGAUUGUGGAGUUGGAGAGAAUAUAUACUGGUAUCAAUUAAAUCAUUAUUAAACUCAUUUGUUGUGAUAAGUUGAUUGUAUUGUACCGUACUGAAUAUGGAAGGAAAUUUAUGAAUAACUCAUUCCAAUGGAUUUCAAGGAAGGAGAAAAUUUGAGAAGAUUCGUUAUUUUUUAUCAAUGCGGGCUCAAUGAUAAUAAGAAAUAAUAAAUGUUAUGUGUUUGGUUGAUAUAAGCUACAUGUACUCAGUCUCAGAUCAUAUCGAGUGAAAACGAAUAGGUUUCAAAUUAACCGAAUUAUAUAAUUACCCAUCCACCUCCUGAAAAUCUUCCAACUAUCCCAAAAAUGUAUCAUGCACAAAUAUAUAAGCAAAUCCUUCCUGAGCCUAAUGUUGAAACAACGAUAAGAUAGGUUAAUGUAGAAAUCUAUGUAAUUUUAUGUGUUUCUGUAAAUAAUUAUUAAUAAUAUCAUUGUCAAUAUCCACUUAUAAAUGUAAAGAGUGAAGAUAUUUGUUACGUUUGAAAACAUAUUUUGUUAAUUUCAUAAAUAAUCAAAUGUCUAUAAAAAUUUGUUAUGGGAAAGUUGAAUAUGUUUUCAAUAUUGACAAAGUACUUUUUAUAAUUUAAAGUAUUUAAAGUGGUUUCCAUCUCAUAUUUUUGGAAGAUUUUGAAACUUCUUUAGAAUAAGUCCAACUCACAAUAAAUUGACUUAUUUCUUUCAAUCAUUUGCGAUCCAUCUGGUUGAAAAUCAUCAUCAGGAGAAAAAAUACAAUCUUAGAGUCGUGAUACAAAUUUGAAUUGUGUUUUUUCCCCUAUUAUCAAAUGAAUGUUUUUUACGCUCUUGAAAUCUCUAAAAGUUUAUUAAAUCCAGUUUAUUGAGAAAUAAUUCGUCAAGGUUUUUAUUGUAAAUCCAAAAUGUUAUUAUUAUGAGUUUCCAUAUAAUAUUACACCGAUUACUUAUACAUCCCAUUUUAAUUAAUGCCUCAGUUUGGACGAACCCUCUAUUAUAAUAAUAUUAAACAUUUUAUAUCAGGAGCCAGAACAUGAGAGUUUGUAAGGGUAAGCUAUCUAAUAAUACAGUUUUGGUGUGAAAGGAAUCAUCCACUGUAAAAUAUGCCAAAACAUGCUUGAAUUUAGGUUGUUUAACUUGACUUAUAGUGUUGGGUGAGUGAUUACAUGUUUGCAUGAUUACUCUAAUUACAUGUUUCAAUAUUAUUUACACUACGGUAUCACAAUCUUUAAAUAUUCAGUUCAAUACAGUUGGAACAAAAUUACUUCAAUCCUUCAUUUGAAAGGAACUAAAAGUUUGAUUUCUCGAUGUAAGUCUAUUGAAAUAAGUCAUAAGAAAAUCAAGAUAUAGGUACUUUUUUCAUAUUUCUGCAUGAAUUGCUACAAAUAUUAUUGUGAAAUGAUUUUCAUUGAAAUCAACAUUUUUAUCAACUAAAAGUAAGAAUCUCUAAGAUUCAUUAAUUCAUUAUUUUCAAAACCUUCAAUUCCAUGACUAGUUUUCUGCUAUGGAACAAACAGGGUACAUUGAAAGCAAUAUUAAAAAAUUACACAUUAAGUUAUGAUCUACAAAACUCAAAGGCAUCUAUAAAGUGAUCAGUUUUUAUUAGUGUUGAUGGUAUUAAUAUGAGUUGAAUUAUCUUUCUGGAAUCGUUGAAAUCAACAAGCCUAACACAGUUACAAACAACGUCUUUGAAAAUCCUCAAACUCGAUAAAUAUUGAAUUGCGAGUUGAGUCAUUCGAAUAGGUCAAUCUACUCUAGAACUUACGACGAAGAGUCAAUAUUAUUCCACUAGAAGAGGAUUCAAUUAAUAACAUUUCAGAGCCCUCACUGUAAUGAGAUAAAGUUUCCUGAAAUUGUGAAUAGGAUUAAUGAUUUAUAUUAUACAAAUCAAUAAGAAUUUUCAGUAGGUAUAAUUUUUUCGUUAUUUAUUAAAAGGAAAAAUAAUGAGAAGCUGGAAUCCAAUAAGCGAUGUAUCACCAACAUUGAAAUUUUUCCAUUAUAAUCAACUGUUAUUCCAUAACGUAACUAUUUUUUUGAAACAUAACUUAUAUACCGUAUCAUUCAACUUCAGAAAACACAUUUUUCCAAGUUGAAUUUCAUAGAAUGAGUUUUCAGUUUUUGCCCAACAGGAACUGAAUAGCAUAUUAUGAGAUUCAUCUUCAUAAACAAUAUUAUAAGGAAAAGCAAUUUUAAUUGCAAAUUCGGAUCAUUCUCUUAUGGCUCGAGGCUUCUGAAAAAUUAAUUGCUGAGUUUUUAUGUUUCUCCUAGAUAAAUUUCCUUUCCUUGCCCUUUAUUUUUCAUGUUGAAUAAUGUAAUAAUAAUAUCAAUAAUAACUGAGAAGCAUAAUAGAUUGUGGAUAUCAGUAGGAAUGAAGCAUAAACUAAAUGUUUUUGAGAGAAUUUUCAGAUCAAAGUAUCAUUUUCAGCUAACAAUAUAACACAUGAUCAAUUCUAAAUGAGUUUGAAUGUUAGUGAUAAAUGAUUGGAUAUUUGUGUAUAAACAGAUAUUAUUGCAACUAUAAUGUACAGUGUUGAUUUACUUGUUACUAUUGUAAUAAUAUGCAAUAAGAGAGAAUUGUAAAUAAUAAAUGUGCGUGAAAAGUGAAUCUUGUCUUGUACCGCAUGAGUAUAUGUGUACCGUAUGAAAUAAGGCAAAUAAAUAACAGCUAUAUCAAUAUAUGUUUACUAAUCUGAAUGUUUUGUAAUGAAAUAAAUGAAAUAGUGAAAACAGGGUGAUUGGCAAAUAAACAAAAAAUUAUAUACAUUUUAUUGGAUACAUAGAAUUUGUUCUUUAUAUUUUGAAAUUGGGAGAGAACCGUAUAAACUGCUCAUAUUAAAAGUAGAUAAUAUUUAAGCUUGGAGAACAAAACUAUAAAUUCACUAUGUUUUGAACUAUACCGGUAAAGAAAACUAUGGUAAAGGAAAUUUUCUGGAUAAACAAUAGAGCUGAUGUUGAAUAAUAUUUUUGAUUUACAUAUCUGAUCUGGAGAUGAUGAUAAUUAUAUGAGGUCCAUUCAUAAUACAUAUCUAAAAGAACAAUCCACCACUGCUGUUCCCUACAAACUCCAAGGGUUCAGUAUUCAUGCAAAAUAGCACUAACUUAUUGCUUUUCAUGAAUGGAAUACCUCUUUUCAUAGGAUAAAUUUGAAAGAUCACUAAGUUUCUUAUGUACAUCAAUGUAUUUUUCAAGAGAAUAUGUUUACAACCGCAACAGCCAUAUUUCGAGCAUUCCCUGCUCAUUCAUAUAAUUUUUUUCUAUUCAAUAUCAUCCUGAUGUUUUCUGUCUCACAGCUCCCUUGGUGGGAAAGGAUUGAGACAGAUGAAAGGAGGCUUAAAAUACUAAUUGAAAUUACAAAAAAAAACUAUCAAAACUGAGAAAUUAUUUAAAGGAAUUAAAAACACUUGACUACAAUGCCUCACAUUUAUAAUAAUCCAUCAAAAUAAGACUUUAUGUGAACUUAGUCCUUUAUAAAAAUAACAAAAAGCAAUGGACAUUGGUAGCCUUCAAUCUACACUUUUAGCUGGUGGAAUAAUUAACGAUUAUUUAAGAUUACGUGAGGAAGAAGUCAUUGAUCAUAUAUAUUUUACCGCAGUAACUUCUUUCUUUCUCAGUAACAUCAUAAACGACCUUCAGGAUAACUAUUCUCAUUGUUCUCCAUGACUGAAAUAGUGGUUAAUUCUGCAUACUUCUUCGAAUAAAGCAAAGGGAAGAUGAAUAUUGAUCAAUUCAUUAAUGGCAAAAUUACAGGGAGGAAUGAGACAGUAUAAGCAAAUCCAGAGGGAGCCUGUGUCUCAAGACCCCUCCUCCCUUGGGUAAAUCAUUUUUUUAAUCCCAUUAAUCAAAUUUUUAUCCUGAAUCUACAAGAAAACUAUAUCAUUAACAGCAUUCUACAAGCCUUUGUGAAUCGUUGGUGACAGUCCAAUACAAACAAUGGUCAGUCUAUAGAGAUAUGUACCCUAUAAUUACACUUGUAGAUAUUGCAUUGAUUGCUUCCUAAAUAUUGAUCCAGAGAUACAUCACUUUUUCAAGUCUCCUUAUGUCUCAACCCUCCCACUUUUCCCCUAAUUAGUGGUAGUGCAUAUUCGAAAGAAGUAAAUCAAAGUGAGAGCUACUCACAAAACUACAGAAUUUAAUUUGCAAGAGCAUUCUAAUUUGACUUUUUAUUAACUGAACUUGAUACAGAUGGGUCAAUCAGCAUUUCAAAAUUUAAAAAACCUCUUAAAAAGCUAAGUUAUGAUGUUGUUGUCAAAAACUAAAUUUUUCACAUUCAUAAUCAAAAUAACAAUAAUUCAUUUAUCUAAGGUUAUAACAAAUAAAGAGAAAGUACACAAAAAACCUUUAUCAUAGAUUUUCAUAUUAGCCUACACACGAGGUUUGUUUGUUUCAAGGGGCAUGGUAAGAAUGGAUUGAAAACAAACACAAAUCAAAUUCACGAUGAGUCAAUUUUUUUCUUGGCAUAGGCCUACUGUUAAUUCAUUUUUCAAAUGAUUUUAUGAAGUAGGUAUACAGUAAUAUGUGUUUACAAAUGUCAUAUGGGUUCUGACAAUAGGGGCUAUAUAUUAUUAUCUAGGAAAUUCAGUCCAAAAUAAUUUUUAAAAAAUUAAUGAAAUGAUGACGAGAAACAAUAUAAUUUGUACAAAAACCUGUGUAAAUAUAAUAUACGGUAUAUCAUUAUAAUAUAAUGAAUAUAAUAAUUAUGAUUACGAUGAUAACAUUAUAAUAAUAAAAUGAUGUAACUGUCUCCUCACCCACCUAACUAUCAAAUUAAACAAAAAGAUGAUGAUCUUUUAACUGUUAUAUGUUAUAUUGUUAUAUAAUAUUAUAUUAAUGACGGAUGAGAGUGAAUGAUGACAGAAUGGUUAUGUACAUCCACAAAUAUACAAAUACACUGUACUUAUAAUUAAUGAAUAAAUCAAGGUUGUAAGUUGUGUCUAUUCAAACCCACAGCACAGCUUCAAAACACAUCAAUAAAAUUAUGUGAUGAGUGGAAAUCAACUUAUUGUAUUAUAUUGUAUCUCUGUACGUUUUCUUUAACAAAACAAAAAUAGGACAGAUGAAAAGCCAAUUCAACUACUGUUAUUUUAUAUUAGAAUGAAUAAGAUAUUGUAAACAAAAAUUAUAAUUUUUACUGUGCCAUCUCAUUUGCCGGAAUACAAACGAAAACAUUCAUUUCAAGAAACAAAACUGUUCGAAUCAACGUAAACAUGACAUGGAUACAAUAUUGUCAUUGCUCAUAUUAUAAAACUAUUUAUUAAAUUUA